UGUAACCAAGCUCGAUGACCUUGAGCUCUUCCUUCACGGCCUUAAUCUCGGCCACCUCUCCGGCAUCAUGACUGAGAAUGACAUCACCUGGAGCUACCUGUUGACCAUGGAGAAGCAGGACCUUGACAAGGUGGGCAUCACAGACCCGGAGGUCCAGCAGAAAGUGCUGAGUGCUGUGCAGCAGAUGCUUCUGGACAAAGUGGACUUGGACACAAUCAGCUUCCCCGGACCUGCAGAAAGUGGGAGUGAGGACCUGCAAAACUUCCUGAUCAGCGUGAGGCAGCAGUGCUGUUACCUGACGGAGAAGAUUCAGGACGUCAACGGGAGAUUCCCCCGCCAAGCCUCUCAGCUGGUCUUCUCUCUGGACCCGAAGAGGGAGGCGCAGGCCGUCUGCAACCAGCUGGUGAUCCAGACCAGAGACCUGCAGAAGGAGGUCACCUGCCUCCGGAGCAUUCUCUGCAAGAUGGAGGAAGUUGAACAUUUCAGUCCGCUUCCUCAGCUCGGCAUCGGGAGGAAGCGUUUCCUGUCCGGAGUCGCACUGAGCGCGCUGGGAGCGUCCGUCCUGCUGCUUCUGCUGCAGAUGCACAGGAGUGUGUGUUAAACAACAGGAGUGUGUGUUCAACCACAGGAGUGUGUGUUCAACCACAGGAGUGUGUGUUCAACCACAGGAGUGUGUGUUCAACCACAGGAGUGUGUGUUAAAAACAGCAUGUGUAUCAUGUUAGCCAUCAUAGUGUUUAGUUUCUGAUGACGGUCGGUGAGUAACUGGAUUAUGAAACGACUGAUUUAGGAAAGUGUUUUGACGAGACGUUUUAUUUUAUCUGUGCGGUUGCUCUCAUUUUCUACUUUCUCUUGUCUUUUUAAGUUGUAGUUCUGAGUCUUUGUUUGUGUUCAAAGAGUUUAAAUUAAAGUUUCUUU